UUACUAGAGUUACGUACAUAUUAACUGUGGUCGUUUUCAUAAGUGAACUGUAAAUUCAGCAAUGCGCUUACAAAGCAGCGGCUGAGAAAUUUACCUGCCCAUUCAUUGUGAUUGUGGCAAGAAGCGAGGUUGUUGCAGUUGUUUCUUGGGACGCUCUCGCAUUUUAAAUAGUUUGACUACUAUUGCCGGAGAUAAUACUAUCUGAACGGUUGUAGGAUCUAAAUUAAUACAAGAGUGACGGUGGAACGGAUUUAAAGUGUUGCAGUAGUAUUUGAUUUAGUGAUAAACGAACCUACCAAGCCUUCUUAGCUAAAUCAACGUCGUUACACUAGGAGAAAUAGAGAAGAACGAAAUAUCCCAUUUAAUUGCGUGGGAUACGGAAAAAAUUACGCAAAAGCUCAAAACUGGAGAAACAAAAUCGUGUAAAAUUGAUUCGAGACAAGAUGGUCCUGGCUGAAAGAAAUUCAGAACUGGUACGUAAUGGGAGACGAUCACGCGGUCCAAGUCCAAAUGGACAUGGCGUAGGCGUUGCCGGGGGUGGUACAGUAGGUGCAAGCUCUAAUAUUGGGAACAGUGCAGGUGCUGGUGGUGCCGGAACUCCGGAAACUAGUUCCGACGAUGACAAUUCAAUUAAGCGCAAUGGAAAAUCCAAAGCUAAGCAGAGUGAAUAUGAAGAAAAAAUUCGUGUUGGUCGCGACUACCAAGCUGUGUGUCCAGCUUUAAUACCAGAAAAUGACCGUAAACCAGAGGGCUUGAAUGAUCGAGCACUGCUGGUAUGGUCACCUACUAGGGAAAUACCCGAUGCAAAACUUGAAGAAUAUAUAUCAGUCGCUAAAGAGAAAUACGGUUACAAUGGUGAACAGGCAUUGGGUAUGCUUUUCUGGCACAAACAUGAUUUGGAACGUGCUGUUAUGGAUUUGGCUAACUUCACACCUUUCCCCGAUGAAUGGACAGUAGAGGACAAAGUGCUUUUCGAACAAGCUUUUCAGUUUCACGGCAAGAGUUUUCACCGCAUUCGGCAAAUGUUGCCCGACAAGUCAAUCGCUAGUUUGGUAAAAUAUUAUUACUCAUGGAAGAAGACGCGCCACAGGCAAAGCGUUAUGGAUCGACAGGAGAAAGCAAAAGCAAGUAAAGAAGGUUCAGAAAAUGGCAGUGAAAACGGUAGCAAUGAAGAAUCUGACACAGAUGACAAGGAUCAAGCAUUGGCCUCAACUUCCGGAUUUCAAGAUCCAACGAAAAUAGGCUGUGCCACUUCUGCCGAUUUACCCAGCAAAUUGAAUAAAUUGAACGAAAACGGUGGUGUUUCUGGUAGCAGCAUUGGUGGUGGCGAGGCCGACAGUGAUAACAUAGCGGCUACUAUUUCGUUGAAUAUGAUCGCCUCAGGACGAGACAGUGGCCUAGUUGCCAAUGUUGGUGCUCUGGCAGUUGGUAUCAAACAUCAACGCCAACAGACGCCGCCCAAUACGGCGAAUACAGAUUCGUCAUGUUCCAAUGCAGACUCAGCAGGUUUGAGCGGUUGUUGCACAAAUUGUGGAGUCCCAUGUAGUGUGCUUAAUGCAUCGCCACACGGUAAACUAUGUUCAAGUUGCCACCACCAUUGGAGACGUACCGGUAAUAAGCGUCCCACUUCCGGUCCAUAUUUUGGUAAGCGGUCGCGUGAUCGCAAUGCUGAAAGACAUAAACGUAAACCACCGCGCGGCAUGUACAUCAAUCACGACGAUAUUGUGGCGCUGGCCAGAGCCAAUGACAAUCAAGACGAACUCCUCGCUAAUACAGACAGGGAAAUCGUUUCACUAUUGAGCCAAGUGCAACUAAAUAAACAAAAUAUAUCCGCGCUAAAGCGUAAGAAUUCAGAGGGAUUAGACGACAUGCGCCCCGUUGAGAACACGAAUCGCAUCAAUUCACGCUGGUCCAACGAUGAGAUUUUGCUCGUUGUACAGGGUGUGCGCAAAUAUGGCAAAGACUUUCAGACAAUAGCUGAAACUAUUGGCACGAAGACUGAAGCUCACGUACGUACCUUUUUCGUAAGCAAUCGUCGGCGUUACAACUUGGACCAGGAACUGAAAAAGUACGAGGCAGAGAAAGAAGAGACUGCAGCAAGUGCUAGUGCUACUGCAGCAGCAAGUGAAACUACUAACAACAGCAAUAAAAAAGACGACUCAAAAAAGAGAGAGCUACCUGCGGCAAACGCAGCAGCCAGCGGCGUUAGUGCCAUUUCAUCUGUUAUCGCUGAUGAGUCAGAUACCACAACCUCAAGUGAAACAACCGCAACAAAGUCUGCCAAAGACGAAGCCAAGUUUAAUAAUAGCAAUAUCAACUCACAGAAGGACAACGUUAUAAUGGAGAUUGACUUAGAUGCUGAUCAGCAUGAUAUGCAACCACCAGCCAAGAAGUUCGCUCUGAACGUGAACGAACAAGAUUUCCCCAAAGCCAGUGCCACCUAAAUGAGAGUUCAUUUAGACACUUAAACAAACAACUGUAGGUCUAAGUUGGAGAAUAAAUGCUAAAUGACACAAUGCAGGUGUUUGACACGCCUUAAAUUUAAAGCGUAUAUACACGUGGAUAUAUGCAUAUAUAUUUAUAUACAUUAACUAAUUGACGAUCCAUCCUGUUAUCCUCAUGAAACAUGGUAGGAGAUAGUGAGAAUUUGAUAUCAAUGGAAGUCGACAAUGUGUUUAAGAUAUCAAAUGCUUAUUUACUUGAUACACACUUGAUUUAAAAUUGAAAACUCGGAACAACAAAACAAAUUAGCUACGUGUGGCACGUAAAUAGACGUCAGCAAAAUCAGCAAAGUCAAGAUACCUUUAAUUUUAAAUAAAGAAUUACUCUAAGAAUUAUAUGUUAGGUACAGUUAGUAAACGUGCUCUGUAUAUACAAUAUAAAUGAGGGCCUAUAUGGUGUUUAGCAUUGCCAAAUUAAUCUAAAGUUAAAUUAAAAGAUUAUCAUAUUGACUUCAUUAAAAAUAUAUAGGCAACUCGCGCGUAACACCUUGGUUUAGAACAUUUAGUAACUAUAAGGCAAAAUUACAUUUUCAUUAAUCGUACUUUUUAUUUCAAUCAACUUUUUCAUAUUGCUUACAUUUCUUUCUUUUAAUUUGUUAUAAUACUACUGAAUUGUUAAGUAUUCCGUUGAAGCACUGUUACAAUCAUUAUUUGUGAAUUUUUUCUAACUUAUCCUCACUGCAAGUAUUUGAUUCAGUUUUCUUAAAAAUCUCUAUACUUCCUGAUUGAUACUUGACAUUUCAUAUACAUAAAAAUCAUUACCUAUUAUUACUAAGUGCUUGACUAACAUAUUCGCAUUGCAAUUAUUAAAAAUAUCGUAUAUAACGCAGUGUAAUUCUCCGUUGACUUUUUAAAUUGCACUGUGUCAUAAAUUACUUUCUACAAAGAAGUUUUAUUGUAUUAUCAUUACAAGUGCACUAUAAAUAAAAUGUAAAAUAUACUUUCGUA